UGGAUUCAAUCCUCCUGAUCAAUGGACAGAGCCUCCUCAGCGGCCCGCAGCGCUACCGACACGCCGUAAACAACUCGUUCUCCCUGUCUGGAGCUCCUCUGGGGGUCUGGAGGAGGAUGGAGCGAGGAGGUGAGAGUCCCAUCACCCAGGACAGUCCUGAGCGGAGGGGCAGUCCGGACCUCGGCGGCCUUCAACCUCCGCCGGGGAAGAAAGGCCGGCUGGAGCUCAACGGGAGCCCCACGGGGCCGCGCAUACGCCACAACGGAGCCCCGCUGAGGCCCCUGGGAGGUCUGAUGAUUCCAGUCUUCUGUGUGGUGGAGCAGUCGGACGGAGGGAUUAUCACGGACGGAUGUGAGGGAAGAGAGGAGCAUGCAGAGUUCGUGCUGGUCAGGAAGGACAUUCUCUUCUCUCAGCUGGUGGAGACGGCUCUGCUGGCCCUCGGCUACUCCCACAGCUCGGCGGCACAAGCCCACGGUAUCAUCAAGGUGGGAAGGUGGAACCCUCUCCCCGUCCACUUCCUGACGGACGCACCAGAAGCCACGGUUGCCGACAUGCUGAUGGAGGUCUACCACAUGGUCACGCUACGCAUCCAGCUGCACAGUUUUUCAAAGCUGGAGGAUCUGCCCUGUGAACAGUGGAACCACGCGACCGUCAGGAACGCUCUCAAAGAGCUGCUGAAGGAAAUGAACCAGAGCACUCUGGCCAAAGAGUGUCCUCUGUCACAGAGUAUGAUUUCCUCCAUCGUGAACAGUUCCUACUAUGCCAACGUCUCCACUGCUAAAUGCCAGGAGUUUGGUCGUUGGUACAAGAAGUAUAAGAAAAUCAAAGUAGAUUAUCUGGAGAAGAUGUGGUCCGGACGAGAUCCUGCUGACAUCAAAAUAGAGAGAGACAACAUGGCCGACUUCUGCGUUCUGGGCCAGAGACCUCCUCAUCACCUGGCCGGUCUGUCCCAGCUCGCUCACCUGGGAGGCGGCAGCCCCCUCCUCAAGUCGGGGUCCGGAGAUCUGCAGGCGUCCUCCCAGCAGCCUCAGCAGCCUCCUCCACCCUCGCCCCAUGGCCCCCACCACCACCACAGCCCUCCUCUCCGCACGGGCCAGGUGCCUCCUCCACCUCCGCCGCCUCCCCCGCCGCCCGGCUCCCUGCAGCCCCUGCUGGGUCCAGGUGGGCUGCUCUCCCCUCAGCUCUCCCCACAGCUGGUUCGCCAGCAGCUCGCCAUGGCCCACCUCAUCAACCAGCAGCUCGCCGUUAGCCGCCUGCUGGCCCAUCAGCACCCGCAGGCCAUCAACCAGCAGUUCCUCAACCACCCGCCCAUCCCCCGGGGUUCGUCCAAAGCCGGCUGCGGUGGCGGCGACCAUCCCGGGAGCAACCCCUCAGCCGCCGAGGUCUCCUGUGAAAUCUACCAGCAGGUCAGAGACGAGCUGAAGAGAGCUAGUGUCUCCCAGGCCGUGUUCGCCCGUGUGGCUUUCAACCGCACACAGGGUUUGCUGUCAGAGAUCUUGCGGAAAGAGGAGGACCCUCGCACGGCCUCCCAGUCUCUGCUGGUCAAUCUGAAAGCCAUGCAGAACUUCCUGAAUCUGGCUGAGAGCGAGAGAGACCGGAUCUACCAGGAGGAGAGGGAGCGCACCAUGAACCCGACAGUCGGCCUCCCAGCCUCCAACUCCUCCAACCCCGGAACUCCACGCCUCCCACAGAAAGUGUGGGAGAGGGGCAUGGAGGACCAGAUAACCCCUGAUACCUGGGCCUCCAUCUGGAAGAACAAGACCAAGAUCUCCAACUCGCCGAAGCCUUCAGGCCCGGGCCCCGACCUCCCGCUGAAGCUGGAGUCGCUGGUGAGCAUCACAUCGGGCAUCUACGACGAAAUUCAGCAGGAGAUGAAGAGAGCCAAAGUGUCCCAGGCUCUGUUCGCCAAGGUGGCCGCCAACAAGAGCCAGGGCUGGCUGUGUGAGCUGCUCCGGUGGAAGGAGAACCCCAGCCCGGAGAACCGCACCCUGUGGGAGAACCUGUGCACCAUCCGGAGGUUCCUGGGGCUGCCGCAGACCGACAGAGACCUCGCCUAUGAGGAGGAAUCCAGACACCAUCACUCUGAGAGGAUGCACACCGUCCUCCACCUGCCUCAGGACACACAGCUCUUCUGUCUUUCUCGUCAGGUGCACCACAGGCCACCCCCGACCCCGAUGAAGGAGCACCGGCUGUCUCCGAUGCGUGAGGAGCAGUUGUCAUCUGGCCCCGUGAAUGAGGAGGGGUCGCAGAAUAUGGGAACAGGUGGCGGCAUCCCACCUGGCUCCAUCGGCGGCGCUGGAAGCAACAAGAAGCCACGAUCACGCACUAAGAUUUCCUUGGAGGCGUUGGGCAUCCUUCAGAGCUUCAUCCAGGACGUGGGUCUGUACCCAGACCAGGAGGCCAUCCACACCCUGUCGGCGCAGCUCGACCUGCCCAAGCACACCAUCAUCAAAUUCUUCCAGAACCAGCGUUACCACGUCAAGCACCACGGCCGCCUCAAGGAGCUGUGCGAGGGAGCCGCCGCCAGCGGGGGCGUGGACGUCAGCGAGUACAGAGAAGAGGAGCUGCUCUCGGGGUCCGAGGACCCGGAGUCCAGCGAGGACGGCGCCGAGGAGAUCUACCAGUCUGCAGAGGGGAAUGGGGUGAGCACGCCGGGGCAGAACCAGCCGCCGGCGUCCUCCAACUCAAACCAGUCGUCCUCAGGGAGCAACAUGGCUCCGGAUGACAAGGACAAAGGGCACGGCCGGCCUGGUGGACCUCUGGGCUCCGGGAGCUCCUCAUCCAGUCCCAGAGAGCAGGCCGAGUACCAGAGGUAGAGACUGAUUCACAGGGAGGGGAGGAACGAGAGAGAGAGAGAGAGAGGGAGAGAAAACAAGAUAAAGAGAAGCGAGGAACUGGUCAUGAAUUGACGGGAGGUGAACGUCAGGAAACCAUCAGGAAGUGAAAUACUUUUCAUCGCCCAGACGACCAGACAGACUCUUAUAGUGACAGACAUCUGUCAACACCUGAUGUGUGCAGUGAAAUUACCUCAGCGCAAAAAAGACGGUUGUUUAACUGUGAAAGAAAGUUCCCCCCCCCCAAAAUAAACAUUUAAAUAAAUCACUCUGAAACUCUCAUUAACAGAUAAACUAUUGCUGCUCAUGUCUCCAAUUUAAAAACACAAAGUGUCGACAACCGAAUUUUCUUUUGAUCAGCCAAUCGGCAAAAAAAAAAAAGACACUCCAAGGAGGCGGGAUUUCAUCAAAAUGGUUCCUGUUCCUCCUCUCUGAAGUCCGAGCACAGUCACGUUAGACGUUCUCCCUUCAUUCUGGGUUGAAUUCACCCCUCUGAGAGACAUUUAGAGACUGGAUCUCAGAGGUGGGGGGGCCUUUUUGAGACCUCUACAAUCCUGUAAAUCCUCAGGACGCACACUGAUGUUGCUAACGCUGUCGCCUGCCUGAGAACGUGGGACGUACGUCACUCGCUUUUCAUCAACUGGCUUCGUUUCUUCGACCACAACCUGCCGUCACCUCACCGUCACUCUCCAGAAUCACUACCAGUCCAAUCUAGCACUUACUGUUUUACAAAGACACUGAUAUAUUUGUGGAUGUGAUGAACUCUCGCCUCCCUCCGUCUCUCCUCUCAAGUCUGACUAAAACAGCGUGAGGUUUUUAAAAAAACUCGACAGUGGACAGUUUGGCCGGAGGACAGCGAGCCGACGUCAAGAGGAAGUGGCGCGGAGGGACACUCGAGGUGCGUUUUGUGGCGAGAAAAACGUCAAGAAAGGGAAGGACAGAGCGGAGAUUCAGCCACCAAACAAUCAGUCACUUUAUGUGCGGUAGUCCACCCCUCUUCCACUCUUCCUCUCCUCUCUCCAUCUCACUCUCUCCCCACUCUUUUCCCUCUCUCUAAUUGGUGCCCACGGUCUUGUGUUUCACCACACCUACCCGCACUUAAACUUCACCAAACCCUAUUUAUUGCUAUCUUUAUCCAUGAUUAUUAUUAUCAUUAUUGUUAUUAUUGUUGUUAUUAUGGUUAGAAUUGCUGUCAUCGCGUGCUAUUUUUAGUUUUCUUUUAUUUCCAUUGGGGUUUUAAAUAUCGUUUUUUCAAGAACUGGGCGGUGGUUUGGGAAACAAGAGACAUUAAGAGGCGCUCUGCCCUAAAAAAAGAAGAGGAAGAAAGGAGCAGAGAGUGAAAGAAAAAGAAAAAAGAAGCAGUUACUGAGUGUUAUUUGUAAAAAAAAAAAAAAAAGUCUUGUCAUGUCGUAUUAUGCCAUUUUUAUAGCUCUGUUUCCCAAAAAUAGUAAAUGAGAGAAAUAGUUAAAUAAGAAAGCAAAACUCUGCUAUUUUGCCACAGUUGAUGACAAUCUACUUUUUUGAGCCAUUAAAGAAAAUGUGGCAGGUUUGACUCUGUUCUUCACUUUUGAUGUCUGUAAAUACCCGACACGGGAUAAAUUGUUAUUGAUAUACUUUUAUUUUUUUGCGGAGUGACUUUAAGUGUUUGAGCCAGUUUGGAGUAUCAGAAAAGUUUUUUUUUUGUGGUUUUCUUAACUCAUUUCAUUGUACCAGGAAAAUUCAAUCACAGGAGUAUUUAAAAGAAUUCAAAGUUUUUUUGUUUUUUUUUGCUUGGUGUCAGUUGUGUAUACAAGUAUACAGUAUGUUGAUAUAAAAAAAAUAUUUCUGAGAACGGAUAGUGUCCUCGUUGUUUGACUAUCCUGAUCGGCUGCUACGCUCAAACACAGAUGACCUGCCUUUUAAUGAUGAUGUCGACUCCGAUCGCUCCGUAUGAUGAUAUUGUGCUUUUCUGUAUGACAGGAAUCAGGGUUAGACACAAAUGCAGUUCCAAUGAAAUAUUAGUU